GGACAGAAGCCUUUCUGUUGUGAUCUAUGUGGAAAAAGAUUUAGACACAAAUCUAGUUUAAACAAACACAUGAGAAUCCAUACAGGACAGAAGGCUUACUGCUGUGAUCUAUGUGGACAAAGCUUUAGUCGAAAAGGAACUUUAAACAUACACAUGAAAAUCCAUACAGGACAGAACCCUUUCUGUUGUGAUCUAUGUGGACAAAGCUUUAGUCGAAAAGGAACUUUAAACAGACACAUGAAAAUCCAUACAGGACAGAAGCCUUUCUGUUGUGAUCUAUGUGGACAAAGCUUUAGUCUAAAAGGAAAUUUAAACAGACACAUGAGAAUCCAUACAGGACAGAAGCCUUUCUGUUGUGAUCUAUGUGAACAAAGCUUUAGUCAAAAAUAUCAUUUAAACACACACAUGCAAAUCCAUACAGGAAGGAAGCCUUUCUGUUGUGAUCUAUGUGGAAAGAGAUUUAGAGACAAAUCUAGUUUAAAGAUACACAUGCAAAUCCAUACAGGACAGAAGACUUUCUGUUGUGAUCUAUGUGGACAAAGAUUUAGCCACAAAUCAAGUUUAAACACACACAUGAGAAUCCAUACAGGACAGAAGCCUUUC